ACGCGCAGGCGACUGGUUGGAGCUACCGUCGUUUCAAGACCCCAGCGAGAAGUUGAACUACCGAAACCGAAUUCCCUAAAGUAUUGGAGAUUUUUUGGAGUGACGCCUCUCGUGCGGUUUUGUUUUGCUUCGGACUUUCUAGCAAAGCGGAAACAAUUUCGGUGUGAAAAUUUGCAUAAAAUUACCCCCGCGAAAACACACCGACAAAGAAACUAAAAACGUUGAGGAAACCGAUUUAAAGCCUUUGGGCAGUUUUCAAGCUUUCAAAGUGCGUGUUAAACUUGUCGGGGACCUGUGAAUUUAUAUAACACCCGAAAUCACCUUCUACGGGGGCCAGUGGCUAACUCUUAGACUCGACCAAAAACUCGAUAAAUUCCGGCUUCAUUAUGCAGCCCCUAAAGCGCUUCACACAAUGCGGCAGUUUGACCAUGCUCUUCGGCAUCUUCAUCAUCCUCUUCGGGGUCAGCUCCACGGCACUGACCACCUUUGGCAAGACCAACAACCAACCGCCGCCCACACACGUCCCCAUUGUAAAAGGACGAGAGUGCAGUGCCCACGAUGAUUGCACGGCGAUAGAUCGCACCAGCUGCGUCAAGGAUCCAAAUGACUACAAGUUGCGUUGUCUCUGCGGCGACGACUCCCCUCCUUCGGCAGGCAACUGUCCGGAUGUCCUUAAAGGCCUGCGGCACAAGUGCAACAGCAACAACGACUGCGAGGAUGGGAUGGUGUGCCAGUUCGAGAACAGCAACCGCACCAUCGGAGUGGCCAAGUUCAUGUCCAGCAAGACCAAACUGUGCCUCUGCGACAAUGACAACGGAUAUGUGGAGGACAUCCUGCACGACAUCUGCAGUGGCGCUAAUUUCCAAGGCCUAGUCAGCUUCUUGGUCUCGAUCUGUUCGCUCCUGGCGCCCUUUUUGGUAUCCGCCCACAUGCGAAAACAUUUCUAGAAGGCGACCGGAUGAGCUCGAAGUCGUAGUUUGGCGUUUAUCUCCCCUAGUGAUCCAUCAAAUGUGCCUCAGUGAAACCAACAGAAACAAAAUGUCAUCUUUCCGCCCCCCACUCACAUAUGAACAGAAAAUUGUAAUCUUUGAAAACCAAAAAAAAGGAAAUAAGAAAGUUAGAUACUCGUCGCCAUUAGCCUAAAGGUCGUUCUAUUGUAUAAGUUUCAUAUGUACCACCGUCAAAUUUAUUCGCUUCUCACGAAAAGUUGCGUUAUAUACAAUAUACAUAAUUAUAUUAUCUGAUAAAUGUUUUCUAUAGAUCCCCUAUCGACCUUAGUCAGUACUCCUUACACUAGUCAACCAGAAGUAACUUUAGAACAAAUGUUUGGCACCAUUUUAUUGUAAUUUUAUAUGUGUGUACGUGUGUCCAAGAAUAACCAGGAAACCAAAUAUAUUAUCUAAAGAUAGGCAACUUUUCUGCAGCACUGUGAAUUCAGAUCGCUUACAUCGCAAUUACAAAUGUAAAACAUUUUAAUUUUUGUAUGUACUCAAGAUAAUUAGCUUUAUGAGCUCACAGCCCACAAUCAAAAAAGAAAUAAUAAUAAACAAAUAAAAGGAAAUAUAUAAUAGAUCAAAUAAUACUUGACCCUGCAGCAACAUUGACCUCUUGUCUCGAUUUCAUCUCAAAGUUGCCGGGCCAGUUAAGAACUUCUCUCAUUACAACCGUUUUCUUCGUAGCUGUUAUCUAUACUAUUUAAUGAAAACC